AUGGCUCGAUCCAAAUCGGCUCCUGACAAUCCCAGUCCACCAGUAAUCCACAGCCUGAUUGCCACGCUAACCAACUCAGUAGAUUCUCAGUCUGUCUGCAGAAUCUUUUCCAUACCAUACAAUAUACGCCUCGAAAUAUACCGUUUGGCAUUGCGCCAAUACGACGACGAAACAAGACUGUAUCCCGAACACGCGUUUCGCUCGCGGCCUCCGCCAUCACGCUACCGCCAACGCAUAUGCACUGACCUCUUGAUCACCUGCAAACGCGUGUACAUGGAGGCGCACGACAUCGCGCUCGCGGUCAACCCGCAUACUUUCUGGGACGCAUCCGGCGACGUGCUCAAUGAACGCGGCUAUCCGGAUACGAAAAAGUAUCUCAGAGAUGACCUUAGUUGGUGCUUCCAUAAAUAUACCGUCGAGCAGAGAGCUGCCAUUACGGAUGUCCGUCUCUUCGUCUCUAAGGAUUGGUUAAACUCGCCGCAAUUCCAAAUGUUCUGUCAGUUAAAAGACAUUGCACCAAAACGGCUCCGAAUCACCAUUCGUCCUACCGAGUGGGAUCCUCAGAUAAACGGCAUGAUCAAUUUGGACCACGCAUGGAUGGAUAAUUUCAAGUAUGUUGGCAGACUUAAAAACCUCCAGCUUGAAAUGCAAACCGUUGAGGCAAACAGUGAUCAGUUGGAAACUACAGUGCAAGACCUCCUCAAAAAGUCAAUUCUCCUCGCAGGAUCGAGGAGCCUUGGAGAGGUUUCUGUUACAAGGGAUCGAUACAUGGGCCAUGGUAUCUUUGAGCCAGGUUGGGAGUGGAUAAAUGCUGUGUAUUAUUCUCAAGAGGAAAACAGAUGGAAAGCAGCGGAACCAGGCUCGCGAUCUCCUUAUCAAAUUCAGUAUGUAUCAACUACUGUUGAGUGGAGGAUGCAGUAG